AGGAACUCCCUGUUCUCGACUCCCCGCCUGCCUGACGCGAUAGCCUCAAACAGGGAAGAAGAUUGACCCAGACUAAAAAAACGGUGCUAUUUAUGCUUUUUCACCGCCAUUGUUUUCCAGGGGCGUCAAGCUUAUUAAUAUUAGUGUUGAAUGGAUUUCUAAGUCGUUGAAGUGGACCAAAUUCCCAGGAAAACAACUCCGGCAGCAUGGCGUCCACGGUAACCCUGGAGGAUGCUCUGUCCAAUGUGGACCUUCUGGAGGAGCUGCCUCUCCCAGACCAGCAGCCCUGCAUCGAGCCCCUGCCCUGCUCCCUCAUGUACCAGCCCAACUUCAACACCAACUUUGAGGACCGUAAUGCCUUUGUGACGGGGAUCGCCAGAUACAUCGAGCAGGCCACCGUCCACUCUAGCAUGAAUGAGAUGCUGGAGGAGGGCCAGGAGUAUGCUGUGAUGCUGUACACGUGGAGGAGCUGCUCUCGCGCUAUCCCACAGGUGAAGUGUAAUGAGCAGCCCAACAGAGUGGAGAUCUAUGAGAAGACAGUGGAGGUGCUGGAGCCUGAGGUCACCAAGCUCAUGAACUUUAUGUACUUCCAGCGAUUGGCUAUAGACCGGUUCUGUGGGGAGGUGCGUCGUCUCUGCCACGCUGAGAGGAGGAAGGACUUUGUCUCCGAGGCCUACCUCCUGACCUUGGGGAAGUUCAUCAACAUGUUCGCUGUGCUGGACGAACUCAAGAACAUGAAGUGUAGCGUCAAGAACGACCACUCUGCCUACAAACGAGCUGCCCAGUUCCUCAGGAAGAUGUCAGAACCCUCGUCCAUCCAGGAGUCUCAGAACCUCUCCAUGUUUCUGGCCAACCACAACAAGAUCACUCAGUCUCUGCAGCAGCAGUUGGAGGUGAUUAACGGCCACGAUGAGCUGCUGGCUGACAUAGUCAACCUGUGUGUUGAUUACUAUGAGAACAGGAUGUACCUGACCCCCAACGAGAAACACAUGCUGCUCAAGGUGAUGGGGUUUGGUCUGUACCUGAUGGAUGGCAGUAACAGCAACAUCUACAAAAUGGACGCCAAGAAGAGGAUCAACCUGACAAAGAUUGACAAGUUCUUCAAGCAACUGCAGGUGGUGCCUCUGUUUGGUGACAUGCAGAUUGAGCUGUCCAGGUACAUCAAGACAAGCGCACACUUUGAAGAGAACAAGAACAGGUGGUCAUGUACCUCAACAGGCAGCAGUCCUCAGUAUAAUAUCUGUGAGCAGAUGGUUCAGAUCAGGGAAGACCACAUGAGGUUCAUCUCUGAGCUGGCUCGCUACAGCAACAGUGAGGUGGUGACGGGGUCCGGUCGUCAGGAGGCCCACAAGACAGACCAUGAGUACAGGAAGCUGUUUGACCUGUCUCUGCAGGGGAUGCAGCUACUGUCCCAGUGGAGCGCACACGUCAUGGAAGUGUACUCGUGGAAGCUGGUUCAUCCAACGGACAAGUACUCCAACAAGGAGUGCCCUGACAACGCGGAGGAGUAUGAACGAGCUACACGAUACAACUACACCAGCGAGGAGAAGUUCUCCCUGGUAGAGGUGAUGGCCAUGAUAAAGGGUUUACAGGUCCUGAUGGGUCGUAUGGAGUCAGUGUUUAACCACGCUAUCCGCCACACCAUCUACUCGGCCCUGCAGGACUUCGCCCAGCUCACCCUGAGAGACCCGCUACGGCAGGCCAUCAAGAAGAAGAAGAAUGUGGUGCAGAGUGUCCUGCAGGCCAUCAGGAAGACCAUCUGUGAUUGGGAGGCAGGACAUGAGCCCCACAAUGACCCUGCCCUGCGAGGAGAGAAAGACCCCAAGGGAGGCUUUGACAUCAAGGUUCCUCGCCGCGCCGUCGGCCCUUCCAGCACACAGCUGUACAUGGUUCGUACCAUGCUGGAGUCUCUGAUAGCUGAUAAGAGUGGUUCUAAGAAAACCCUCCGCAGCAGUCUGGAGGGACCCACCAUCAUGGACAUGGAGAAGUUCCACAGAGAGUCCUUCUUCUAUACUCACCUGCUCAACUUCAGCGAGACCCUACAGCAGUGCUGUGACCUGUCUCAGCUGUGGUUCAGAGAGUUCUUCCUGGAGCUGACCAUGGGGCGCAGGAUCCAGUUCCCCAUCGAGAUGUCCAUGCCUUGGAUCCUCACAGACCACAUUCUGGAGACCAAGGAGGCCUCAAUGAUGGAGUAUGUGCUGUAUCCUCUGGACCUCUAUAAUGACAGUGCCCACUACGCCCUGACCAAGUUCAAGAAGCAGUUCCUCUACGAUGAGAUAGAAGCAGAGGUCAACCUGUGUUUUGAUCAGUUUGUCUACAAGCUGGCUGAUCAGAUAUUUGCCUACUACAAGAUUCUAGCUGGAAGUCUGCUGCUGGACAAGCGUCUGAGAGCAGACUGUAAGAACCAGGGAGCCAACAUCCCCUGGCCCGCGUCCAACCGCUACGAGACCCUGCUGAAACAACGCCACGUUCAGCUGCUGGGUCGUUCCAUAGACCUGACCCGUCUGGUCACCCAGAGAGUGUCUGCUGCUCUCUACAAGUCUCUGGAGCUGGCCAUCAACCGCUUCGAGAGCGAGGACCUCACAUCCAUCGUGGAACUAGAAGGUCUGAUGAACAUCAACCGUAUGACCCACAAGCUGCUGUCUAAGUUCCUGACGCUGGACAGUAUGGACGCCAUGUUCCGGGAGGCCAAUCACAAUGUCUCCGCCCCCUACGGACGCAUCACACUCCAUGUCUUCUGGGAACUCAACUACGAUUUCCUCCCCAACUACUGCUACAACGGAUCUACUAACAGGUUCGUCCGCACGGUCCUGCCAUUCUCACAGGAGUUCCAGAGGGACAAGCCACCCAACGCCCAGCCCCAGUACCUGUACGGGUCAAAGGCUCUGAACCUGGCGUACAGCAGUAUCUUUGGUUUCUACAGACACUUUGUUGGUCCUCCUCACAUCAAGGCCAUGUGUCGUCUGCUGGGGUACCAGGGCAUCGCAGUGGUCAUGGAGGAACUGCUGAAAGUGGUCAAGAGCCUGCUCCAGGGCACCAUCAUGCAGUAUGUGAAGACCCUGAUGGAGGUGAUGCCUAAGAUCUGCCGUCUCCCCCGCCACGAGUACGGCUCGCCGGGUAUCCUGGAGUUUUUCCACCACCAGCUGAAGGACAUAGUGGAGUACGCCGAGUUGAAGACCGUCUGUUUCCAGAACCUCAGAGAAGUCGGCAAUGCUCUCCUCUUCUGUCUGCUCAGCGAACAGAGCCUGUCGCAGGAGGAAGUUUGUGACCUGCUUCAUGCCGCACCGUUCCAGAACAUUCUGCCCAGGGUCCAUGUCAAAGAGGGUGAGCGUCUUGAUGCCAAGAUGAAACGCCUGGAGGCUAAGUACACAGCCCUGCACCUGGUUCCUCUGAUAGAACGCCUGGGAACCCCACAGCAAAUCGCCAUAGCCCGUGAAGGUGACCUGCUGACCAAAGAGCGUCUGUGCUGUGGCCUGUCCAUGUUCGAGGUCAUCCUGACUCGCGUCCGCGGUUUCCUGGACGACCCCAUCUGGCGCGGCCCGUUGCCCAGCAACGGCGUGAUGCACGUGGACGAGUGUGUGGAGUUUCACCGGCUGUGGAGCGCCAUGCAGUUUGUUUACUGCAUCCCUGUAGGAGCACACGAGUUCACUGUGGAGCAGUGUUUCGGGGACGGUCUCCACUGGGCUGGGUGUAUGAUCAUCUCCCUACUGGGUCAACAGAGACGCUUUGACAUCCUGGACUUCAGCUAUCACCUGCUGAAGGUGCAGAAACACGAUGGAAAGGAUGAGAUCAUCAAGAGUGUGCCUCUUAAAAAGAUGGUGGACAGAAUCCGCAAGUUCCAGGUCCUCAACGAUGAGAUCUUUGCCAUCCUGAACAAGUACCUGAAGUCAGGUGAUGGAGAGAACAUGCCUGUGGAGCACGUCCGGUGUUUCCAGCCUCCUAUCCACCAAUCCCUGGCCAGCAACUGAGAUUGACCGGUGCACGUUUCCUAUAGUACCAUCCCAUGUCAGACUAGACACAAAGGAUGUGUCUGAAAUGGCAUCCUAUGCCCUAUAUAGGACACUACUUUCUAUAAACGGCACUACAUAGGGAAUAGGGUGCCUUUUGGAACGUAGUCCAUCAGACUAGACACACAAUAUUCCUUCAUCUGCUUCUUCCACCUUUUAGGUUUUAAAGCAGCAGCGGACCAUGAGACUAAAGCCUUGUUCACACUUAAUGCCUUAAUGCUCAAACUAGAUGUGUGUUCAGACAGCUGACAUGGCUAUGCUGGUUGUCAUAGUAACAACAGGUGUGUGUGCGUGGUGGUGAGUUUGACACCCCUGCCUCAAAGGAUGAGAUGAUCCAGCUUUCAAAACGAGUCCCCUCUCGCGCCACAGCAGGCAACUAGCGAGCCGUUGGGCUUUCUAGCACAAUCACUCAUUUGUUUCUAAAUAACACGCUAGUUAGUUACCACGUGUUCUUGUCAAACUGUCAGAGUAGCUAGCAAUUAAAUCAGAUUUGACCGUUCAGGCAAGUCCCCUACAAAUGUGGCUUGAAAUAUCUGCUUCCGUGUGUUUUCUGGCUGUUCAGGCGGCAAGGAAGCAGAUCGGGUCACUUCAAACUGCCAGUGUGAACGAGGCUUGAGGUCCAACUUUCCUGACAAACUGUUUGUACCCAAUUGUGCCUUAUGAUCUUAAUAGCUGUUUUCAUUCUAAACUCUUCUGUUUUAUGGUGCAUUUAAACUAUCAAAUGAUUAUUUAAGGGGUUUGCGGUGGUGGGAUGUAAUUGGUGAACAGUAGCCUGUAGUCAAUGAGAAGUAGUAUGAUUUGUUAAACAUCAGCAGCUUAAAGGAAACCAAGUUCUUACUUAUAACCAUUUAUUCACUGUGCCUUUUUGGAAUCAUUUUUAAUUCAAUAAAUAUAUAACAAAUCUC